GUUCAGCUGAUGAUGCUUACACCUUACCAAACCAGUACUACGACGUGUUUCGAGCGACUGCUUAAAGGCUGUCAUAAAACUCUUCAAAAUGGGUUCCUCUAAAAUGGUUUCGUUGAUUAAUCACUCAUUAAAUGUCACGACGAAGGAUGGUCGCACCUUUAGUGGAUACCUCAUGGCUUUUGACGCCCAUAUGAAUCUGGUGCUGUCGGAUUGUCAGGAAUUUCGGCACAUUAAAAAACGGAAUGCCAGUACGUCCAACUCUGUCUUUGAGGAAAAGCGGAUGCUUGGGCUUGUGAUUCUCCGUGGUGAAUUCAUCGUGUCCUUGUCUGUUCAAGGACCACCUCCUAUGGAUCCUUCCAUGAGGGGAGGACUUCUUAGCGGUCCUGGUAUUGCUCGUCCUGCUGGUCGGGGAAUGCCUAUCACUCAAUUGCCAGCAGGACUUACUGGACCUGUGCGUGGAGUCGGUUUUGCUGCUCCCCCUCCUCCUGCUGGUCUUGGUAGAGGUGUUCCUCCUCCGGGCUUUCGCCCUAUUUAAAUUGGGUAUAUAUGCAUGUAUGUGUAUGUGUGUAUAUACGAGCUUUGCCAAAAAGCUUAUCCUUACCGUGUAUGACUUUUGUACCUUUCGGUAUCGCUGGACGGUGCAAAUAAAAAAAGUUUGGGAAAGAGCCUCUUUAUGUCUGUGGUAUUAAGCAUUCUUUUUUGCUGCUGGACACUGUGCUUCCCAACAACAGCAGUUGUUGACUUGAUGGUUCAAAUUGCCCAUUAAUAGCCGACAACACGCAACUUGUUAUGUACCUUACGUACGAUUCUCUUUUUCGGAUGCGACAAAACAAGUUUCCGCCCUUCAUUCCCUCCUGCUUUGUUCUGUUACGUAUGAUGAUUGUUCUUUUGACUGUGGCAACCUUCACUAGUUGAGCUAGUUAUUAAUAAAAAGGUAAUAGAGACGUAGCCGCAAACACAAUUUGAGACCUAAAUCCGGUGUUCGCCUCUUUGGUAACUUGAAGUCGUUCGCGCUGCAGGAUUAAGGUUUUCUAUGACGGAGAAGAUAUAACUUUAUGUACGGUUCUCCUGCACCCUACGUGAGCAAUUCCAGGUUCAAGACUGUCGCUUGUUUUGGCGACUUUUGUCCAAGUAAAAGAAUGGAACUUUGCAUUAAAAAAUAUUUUCAAAAAGGGUUUUCAUCAUUGCACAAGUUGUAUGCGCUACGACGUUGCAAAGCCUGCAGGUUAAUUAAUGACAUUGAAUCAGGAAAUUGUCGGCUUAAUAAAUGAAAGAGAGACAUGGCUUGUUGGCAAGCAAUUAGGCAGAUUUUUACCAUAUAUCAGGGAAAGCGGAAAC